AUGGUCCGAUCACAGAUCUGCCGGUUGCACAGACAUGCUCGCCAGUAUCACCGCCAUUCAGACAAGUCGGUGGUGAUCAGCAGGUACUGGAAGAAAGCAGACCAUUUCGACCAGGCAGCCCUGCGAAGGCAUGCUGCCCCCGUGGCCUCCUGGAUCGCCUACGGACCAACGGGACGGGUACCCGAAGUGAAAGAGCUGAACCUCUUGAAGCAGCUCAUGGACAAGAUGGAUGAUGCGCUACUGCCGUCUCGUUUGCAAGGUGUCCUAUCGGACAUGCAGGCUGCUAUCCAGUCUCUCCCUAGAAGACCGGCCGAUGAGGUUUGGACUGAGGCAGAACGACAGUUACAAAAGAGUCUUCGGAAGUUGCGCCGUCGAUGCAAUAAGUCAGAGGAAAAUCGUUGGGUGGUUCCUACAGAUGAUGACUCUGCAGACAAACUGAAAGUCGAGCUGCGCGAAGGUGUACAUGCCUGUGAAGCCGGUACAACGGCCCAUGCGGCAGCUAUCUGUGCAUCUGCCCGGGCUGACCAACACCUCACGCUGUUCAGAAAGAUGAAUGAGUGGGGUUUUCUAUCCGACGCUCAGAAGCUGGAGCGCUUGAAGCAAGCAGAGCAGGCCGCAAGGCGUCCUCGGUGGAACCUGAGCCAAGCAGAGUUGACGGAGAUCGUCAUCCUGGCUGCAGCUUGCCUGUCCGCUCCUCGCAGAGACGCGAAGCCAGACGGCGCGGAUGCUGAAACUUUCAGCGACGUUGAAACAGAUACUACUGCUGUUGCGGAAUCGCGCGAUCCGGAUCUUGAUCUGCAGGGACGUGUACGGUCGUUGUUGCUGCACGUACUCUAUGUGUGGCGAAUGAACCAAUUCGACUGUCGUGCCAUCGAACAUGUCCUAGAUUUCGUGCAGCAGAAGAUCACCAAGUUUGAGGACAAGGUUGGCGACAUUGCAGGCGCGGCUGCUGGGAAGGCUUGGCUGAAAAUCCAGCAGGCAGUCGACCAGCUCAUGUUGCCCACAGAAGCACCUUCGGUCACACAGGUGCAAGGCUCCCAAGUCGCUACAGAAAUGCAAGUUGAGGCUUCUCAUCAGCUCAAGCCUCACAGGGUUCGAGUAAGACUCGAGCGCCAGAGCGGCAUCCAAAACAUCACCUGGAGUGUGGUGGGAGGAUCCUGGAAAUGCCAGUGUUUCACCAGGAAUGGCACGAAAUGGAAGAAUACAUGUCGGUCAUUCCCCAUCUCCAAGUUCCUUGAUCAGGGCCUUGGAGAUGAGGCGGCUGUCGAGGCCGCGCUGCAGGAAGCGAAGGCUUACCGUGAGGAGCUCGUGCACCAGGGCAAGUUGAAGCCUCCCAAACCCAUUGCUGCGACCCUCCGCUCAACAGUCAGGGGCGUCUUUUUCGACAGAAGUCAACAGAAGUGGCACGUUCGGCUGUAUCAUCCGGUGACGAGGAAGCAAGUGUAUGGUGGCUGUUUCCGUGCCAAAGAGAAAGCCGAGGCCAAGGCCAGGGAGCUGGCUGCGCAGCUCGGGGUUCAACCUGACAUCGAGGUGCUGCCGGUGAGGAAGCUCUCAGACCUGAGAUGUUUUGAGAAGCUUGGCCCUGAAAAGGGUGUGACGUGGGAUGUCAAGGCCCAGUGCUGGCAUGCCCAAUGCUACAUCAAAGGCAAAAAAUUGGGCGUUUUCAUACAACCCCAGGAUUUCUCGAACCAGGCUGUAAAGCAGGCCUGGGACGAGGCAGUGUCUUGGCGACGGCAGCAGAAGACGGUGCAGAAGCCUACAGAAGAACGAUGCCAAGAAACAGGGUCAAGAAGUUUCUCUACCCAAGCUAUGUGCCCCUUGUUCGGAGCUUUGGCAGGCAGUCACCCUUCCUUCAUGUUUAGCCUGAACGUCGAAAUGUAG